AUGUAUGAGGAAAAUCCUGCUUUAUACUUAACUAACAUAGAGGAAAUGCCAAGUGGAAAUGACGAAGACAAUGAAAAGUUCUCUGAAGAGAAACUUGGAAAGUUUCUCAAUAAUGAAGAACUAAGCAAAACACAAAAAGAAAAAAUUAAGAAUCUCUUAAAACAAGAAAAAGAUUUAUUUGCCCGAAACCUAAAUGACUUAGGACAAACAAAU